GCGGACCCACUGCCCACCACCAUGAGAACGAACCGCGGCAGAUACUUGCCAGGAGUCCCACCGGAGCACCUGUACUCUCCAGCACCCACCAGCAAGACCAGAGCCAGCGGCAGUGGCUGCCCGGAGCAUGUCACACCGGUGUCCACCAAGGAUGGGCAGCUGCUCUCUGUCAUGCAGGUCCUCACCACACAGAGCAGCCCCUUUAAUGACCAGCCGAUAUGCAGGAUCUGCCAUGAGGGCAGCAGCCAGGAAGACCUGCUUUCCCCUUGCAAAUGUACAGGAACACUGGGGACCAUUCACCGCAGCUGCCUGGAGCGCUGGCUGACGUCUUCAAACACCAGCUACUGUGAACUCUGCCAAUUCAGGUUUGCAGUGGAGCACAAAUACAGGCCAUUGGUGGAGUGGCUGAGGAACCCAGGCCCCCAGCAUCAGAAACGGACUCUCUUUGGAGACUUGCUGUGCUUCUUUUUUAUCACUCCACUGGUGAGCAUCUCUGGCUGGUUGUGUCUGCGAGGAGCGGUGAACCAUCUGCACUUUAGUAACAGACUAGAAGCUGUUGGCCUUAUUGCACUUACUGUCGCACUCUUCAUUAUUUACCUAUUUUGGGCUCUAGUAUCUUUUAGGUAUUACUGUAAGUUAUACAGCGAAUGGCGUCGGACCAAUCAGCGUGUGAUACUCCUACUGCCGAAUUCUGCCACCAUUCCCUCCAACCAGCAGUCUCUACUGGGCCUGCAGUCCAUCAAGAGGAACUCAAAGGAGACAACAGUUUGAUUUGGGCAGUUAUGCACAGGGGCCAUGCACUAAAAAGAUUUCCAUCAAACUCACUGGCAUCAAGCACUGUCCAGAACACUGAAGUGUGCUACUUUGAUUUACCAACUCUUUGCAGAGGAAUAAGUCAUUGUUCGUUUGAAUUCAAAUCAUGGAUGCUGCAAUCACAUGAUUUUUGCUAAGCUGCCAAACUUGCUUAUUUAGCAGAUGCUGUGUGGUAUUGUACAAACUUGCGUUAAUAAUUGCAUCAAGUGAUGCAAACUUUUUUAUUGUUUAAAAUAUUAAACUAUGGUAAUUAUCAAUGAAAAACAGGUUUAAGAAGUAUCUGUCUUUAUCAUUCCCUGUUACUACAGUAUUAUUUAGGCAGAUUGACAGUAACCACUGCUGGUUUUAGUUUGCUAAAGCACAGUAAUGGCACUCCCCCAGUUGAUUUUAUUUGAAGAUCCUUUAGGCCAAUAUUCUGGAUUAUUAA